AUGGCUCCAAAAUCAAACACUUCUUCCGUGUGUGGCGACACGUAUCUUGGUACUAUCGGACCAAUGAAGUGCUACACGGUUACUCUCCGCGGCGGCCUCACAGACAAAGACAGCAACUGGCGCCUGUGGAACGCCGACAUGAAAGUCUACCGUGACGGAGAAGGCAAGGGCGAAGAUGAAGAGGAAUGGGCAUCCAUUGACGACGAAAUCAUAAGCAAGAUGGAGAGACGAAGGAAAGCUAUCAUAUGGUUCUCGGUUUCGGAACCACUAAGAGAGAAAUACCUCACUGAUAUGGGAGGGCGAGAUAAGACGUCGGAAGAUGUUAUGAAGAGGUUGUUCGAGAAUGUUGCGCCGGAGGGAACCAAAUACGAGCCUCUCGAACCUCUGGUCGUUGAAGAGCAUAUGAGGGAAUCUAUACGGAAGGCGAGGGAGAAGAAGAUAUUGGAGAAUUCUGCUAAAAGUAAGGAGAACGCAUGA